AUGGCGACCUUAGCUGCUGCUGCCCCUGCAGAAGAGCCCCCCAAGAAGAACCGAAUUCAGGUUUCCAACACCAAGAAACCUCUUUUCUUUUACGUCAAUCUCGCCAAGAGGUACAUACAGCAGCACAAUGAGGUCGAGCUUUCUGCUCUUGGAAUGGCAAUAGCUACCGUUGUCACAAUUGCUGAGAUUUUGAAGAACAAUGGACUUGCCACUGAGAAGAGAGUACUGACAUCUACAGUUGGCAUGAAAGAUGAGAACAAAGGCCGUCUGGUGCAGAAGGCGAAGAUUGAAAUUGUGCUGGGGAAAUCUGAGAAGUUUGACCAUCUGAUGACUCCUCCUACCACAACCGAAUCAGCAGCAGCAGCUGCUGCUGAUGACAAAAAGUGA